AAGAAUCACAUGACAUAUAAUGCAAUGACAUAGUACACACGUCACUCAGGAAGGCCUAUGUACAUGCACAGCUGAUCAAAGGAGAAGGAUCGUUCAAGAACCAAGAAGAAACACCAGCAAAGGCAUUUUUUCAAUGAUGUCACUUCAUGGAGGAGACUGUUUCAUCUUGUUGUGUCUCGUGGUUGUCGUUUGGAUUCAAGAUGUAGAAAGCCAGCAGUGCACAUCUUUAAUUGGAGCAACAAACAAGUGCGCCUGCCAGUAUUCGGACGGGAGCACCGGCACAACGAAAUCCUUUGAUUUUACCCCCCUGGGGAAUGCUAACGGACAGGCAGCAUUUGCAUACAAGCGAGCAACUGAUGGUUACGAUUAUGCAUACAACCCAUGCUUUCCCUUCUCUGAUGCCUCUUGUCAGAACACUGCAGCAUGUCAAGUGUCUGCUGAUGGAAAGUACACGUUCCCGAUCGGUGAUCCAAUUACUGUAGCAUAUUCAGUGGAAAAUUCAGACAUUGUCCUUACAUAUGGUCCAGCUGAUACUGGUGGCAGGAUAGCUGUUGUUAAUUUUCACUGUGAUGCAAGCGCAUUGACAGAGGCGACAUAUACCCCCCUGGGUGAUAAACCUGUUGUAAACACAUAUAAAUUCACCAUUGGCACUUGUCUGGCCUGUCUGACUGAUGUACCAAACUGCCAUGGAUCAGGGGGCGGGGGAGGUGGCGGACUCACAGGCGGAGGAAUUUUAUGUAUCAUAUUCACAGUACUGUUGGUUGUGUACAUUGUAGGAGGUGUCCUGUUUCAGAAGUUUGGCCGUGGUGCGACGGGUAAAGAGCUGUUUCCAAACUAUGCAUUCUGGUCAGACUUCCCAAUAUUGGUUAAGGAUGGCGUCAUGCUUCUGGUAGGAUUAUGUAGAGGAGGCAGCAGCACUGCAUCCGACUAUGAGAGUAUUAAAUAAAAUGCUGCAUGAUGUACUACUUUGGAUAUCAACAGUGCUACUUCAUCUACUAAUUAUCUGAAUUGCUAUGCAACGAGGUAGGGGUAAAAGGUUACUAAUAAUAACAAUUGCAUGGCAACUGCUGUCAGUAUAGAUUUGUUGGGGGGGGGGUUGAUUCCAGAGGCAGAUAUCAGCGUUGAACAGCCAGCCAUCUAUCCAUGUCAUCGUAGUUCAUUUUUAUACCAGGGAGACAGAUUUAAGGGUCACAAGCUCAAUUUUUUUUAUCUACCGGUACCCAGGCGUUGAUGAGGCCAUAAUUGCAGCGAUGAUGAGGAUUGAUGAUGAUGAUGAUGAUGUUGAUUGCACUUGUUUAAACGUUUAUUACUAUCAAUGACGAAUAUUAAUAAGGUUUAAAAGCCCAAACCCGCUUCAUAAUUUUUUUAAGGGUUACUUAUAAUAACAAUGGCAUGGCAACUGCUGUCAUUUUUUUUUUUUUUUUAAUUUCGAACAAACUUCAGCCUUUACAGAGGGGCACUUUAUACCCUCAUGAGUGUGUUUGGUGACUUGUCCACAAAGUAAUCUUUUUUUGUGACCCCUAUGUCUGUGGCCAACGCUUCAUUGCAUUAAAGGGUACAAUGAAAGUUUGGCUCAAUUGUCAGUUGAAUCAAAUACAUAGAGGAAAAAAAAGGGUGAAAGUUUCAUCCCAAUCAGACGAAAAAUGAGGAAGUUGUGGAAUAUUAAAGUUUCGCAUAAUUUCAUAAACGGUGAUAUGUAUGAUCACAUUGUAUGCGAAUGAGGGACUAUAUGAUGUCAUCUCCCUCGCUUUUUUUCCCCCAUAUAUUUUGUUCAUGAAAUUUCAAAUUGUUUUUUUUGGGACACACCUGUAUAAAUAUAUUCCUUACAUUACAGCACUAUGAUACAGUACCGGUAAUGGUGAUUUUGUACAUAUUCCAUGAGGAUUCAGGCCAUGUUUUACACUCUCAGAGGAGAAAAGUGAUAUAUUUGCUAACUUUAUGUACAAAAGUUGGAUACAGCCUAUGUGAUACAUAUCUCUGUUUCAUGAAAUUGAUUAUUCCAUAACUUUCUUAAUUUUCAUCUGAUUUUGAUGAAACUUUGACUGUUUUGAUUGUUUCCUAUUUCUCUAUUUUUUCAAAUCAACUUGCAAAUUGGCCACAUUUACACUUGUAAGUAGUCUGUAAGUAGUGUGAUAUAGUAUAAUUUGUUAAUGUAAUCUACCAGCCAACAAUGAGAUUGAUAGUAUGACAUUUCCUUGCUGUUGAAAUUUGAUCCUUUUGUGUUUCAAAAUCAGUGUCGAAGUAUAUAUACAAUGACAAGCGCAGGUGUAUGUUUUGAUCUGAUUAUGCAAAAGAGGCAAAAUACUUAGAGCAGAUGAUACAUUUCAUUUGUUUCCUUUGAAAGUAACUUUUAUGGAAUACAUAAAAGUAUGGACACAAAUCCAUGUCCCAUAGAAACAAAAAGAAGUAGGAAAGCUUGCUAGCCUUUGUUCUCUAGAACUAAGAAUUAGUUAUUUUGUUACGAAUAGAUGGUGAAGAAUAACACAUCACAUGUAAUG